AUGGCUGUUGUCUUAAAGAAGAUAGAAUGCUUGUAUUUUGUUUCAAAACGGGCCUGUCCUACUACUGUUGUUCUAGGAGAUUCAUCUUGGGCUGCCCAGUUUUCAUUAGAUGAUUUGUGUCCAAUCUGUCUUAAGAGUGAAAUAUGUGCAACAAAAAGUCAAUCACUAUCGUGUACUUUGUCUCCUAUUCAUGACUUAGAUGUAAAAAAGAGUGAAAUAUAUGCAAUAAAAAAUCAAUCACCAUCACAUACUUUAUCUCAUACCCAUGGUUCUGAUAUAAAAAAGAGUGCAAUAUAUGCAAAAAAGAAUCGAUCACCAUCACAUACUUUGUCUCAUACCCAUGAUUUAGAUAUAAAAAAGAGUGCAAUAGAUGCAAGAAAGAAUCGAUCACCAUCGCGUACUUUGUCUCAUACCCAUGAUUUAGAUAUAAAAAAGAGUGCAAUAUAUGCAACAAAGUAUCGAUCACCGUCGCAUUUUUUGUCUCAUACCCAUGAUUUAGAUAUAAAAAAGAGUGAAAUAUAUGCAACAAAAAUUCAAUCACUAUCGUGUACUUUGUCUCCUACCCAUGAUUUAGAUGUAAAAAAGAUGUCAAGAAAUUAUGUUGCAUUUCGGUUCAAAACACCAUAUCUGCAUUCAAUGUAUGCCCCAAUGGCCUGGUUAGCAGACUCUGCAAAUUGUUAUUGGCCUUGCAAUCUAACAGAGGAAGAAGAAGAGAAGUUAAUUGAAUCUUGUGUUGAACCUCUUACUGGAGUAUAUGAGUGGCAGCUCUACCAGGGUAGUAUUCUAAGAAAGAAUAUUUCACUUUCAGAAGCCAAGAGUAAGGCAGCUCUAGACAAGAAAAAUACAUUCGUGGGUAAUGUAACAACUACUGAAGAUGAAGCGCAACCAAAAAGAAAGGUUCGCUUAUCAGCUAAGGCCAGGGAUUUACUGCAUCCUGCUUAUUGGGACAAUAAGGAGGAAGAAAAUGAGAACAAUUUUAGAUUGUCUCCAGCUCCACCAUUUCCAACUUACAAGCGAAAGAACACAGUGGAAAACAAUGCAGAUAAUCGAAAGUCAAUGGAGAUCACCCACACUGCAAAAAAAAAAUAUAGUAAAAUCUUGUCUUCUCCUGAAAUUAAUGUUACUUAUACUCCUGAAACCUCAGCAGACAAACAACUCACUCUCCAAAUCACAAGUGAAAAUAGAAAUAAAUCUCUUGAAAUCUUUUCUCACCAAAUAGAAUCCAAUGUCACCUCUGGAUCUUCAAUGUUUGAAGAUAUGUAUCCUUCUGUUAUGAAUAGAGUACAAAGUUCUACUGACAGGGCAUCCAGUACUUCUAGAUUGUCUGUGUUAGGGAACUGGUCCCCUGCCAAGAGUAGAGAACAAAGUCCUACUGCCAUGGCUGCAGGACUUACUUCAUCACCAAUCAGGACUAGUAGCCCCAACAUAAGAGUAACAGCUGAUGCUGACUCUGAUGUGUGGUGUAAUGGAACCUUGGAAAAUUUGUAUAAACACCGAAAGAAAGCUAGUGAUAUGUCUCAAACAGAAUUUAAUCAGCACAUGCUGAAUUUUACCUAUGUAGUAAUGGAUGCACUUAAUAUAAACACUGUUUUACGCAAUAGAAAGCGUUCUGCAAGUUCUAAAAGCCAAACAAACAGACACUCCUCUGAUGAUGAUGCAGUUGAGGAUGAUUCUGUUUUAGGACGCCUGCCUAUGACCACAAAAGAACAAUAUUAUAAGCUGGAGGAAAAACUGAAAAAUGAAUCUUUUGUCAAAACUUGGAAAAAGUUGCUUUUGGAACGUUUAAAGGCACUCAAGCUUGAUACAUUAGCUACAACAACUGCAGCUAAAAUGAUUAUGAGUGAAAUCUUCUCUCAAGACAUGCUGAAAAACAUGUGCUAUGCUGGGCACAAAACAUAUAAGGAGAAGAAGAUGGCAGUCAAAAAUGGAAUUGUGUACAUCACACUGAUAGCUGUGCUAAAAAAACUGGGACACAAAGACGUAAUGAAGAUCGAAAAAGGUCUUAAAGACGCCAUGUACAAGGCAAAUGAUAAUAUUACGAAGGAGAUCAGGAAAAAAAAAUUGGAAUAAAAAUUGUUCUUAUAAA